AGUGUGUCCCUUCGUCGACUCUUCAGCUCAUGUCAGCAUUCAUGGACUUCGCCUCGGACGUAGGAGUCCGCCAUUCUGUCGUUCUCUCCAAUCUCAACAUCCAGCACUCCGUUGACUUCUCCCCCGCGACGGUCUCAAUCGUGCGCGAGCUCCGCUUCUGUGUGAUCGCCAUUGUGGUUGGGUGGACCACCACACGCGUUGUCUCCGCGUUAUUGAAUCGGGGCGCUUCUGAUGAUCGCUCUUAAUACUUAGAAUUGCUGUCGCUUUCUCAUUGCGUUCUGCCUUUCUUGAUUUUCUUCUUUUGGAUCAAUUCUGGGAGCUAGACUCUGUCGCAUCGCUGUAUAUUUUAUCUCGUCUUUGCCUUUCUUUGUCUUGAAUUCGCAGCCCCUCGGAACCGAAGUGACGAACCAUUUGACCACGACGACUCUCCGAUUGCAUAGACAUCAUGAAGUUUCACGCCUCGUUUCCAUUUUUCGCGGCUGUCGCUACGGCGCAGUCAUUGAUCGAAAGCUCCAGCUUUGGUUGGGGUCAAACUAUAUCGCCGAGCAGGGACUCUAUUCCAGGAUGGCAGGUUGGAGGAGAAGGGCACACUCCGCAGAUUCUUUCGAAUAAAAUGAUUCUGACACCCCCGUACCCCGGGAAUACGAGAGGGUUCGCUUGGGCACAGACUCCUGUUUCUCAGCAGGAGUGGGAGGCCGAAUUCCAAUUCCGAGCCAGUGGCAUCGAGAGGGGAGGAGGCAACCUCCAGCUAUGGUAUGCGAAGGAUGGGCAGAGCAAAAUCGGUACCUCCAGCAUCUACACCGUGGGCCAAUUUGACGGACUGGCUCUUGUCAUUGACACCCAUGGCGGCAGAGGUGGUAGCGUUCGAGGGUUCCUCAACGACGGCACGACAGACUAUAAAAGCCACAAGAGUGUAGACAGCUUGGCUUUCGGUCACUGCGACUAUCCCUACCGCAACCUGGGACGUCCGUCCGUCCUCCGUGUCAAGCAUACCUCUUCCGUUCUUCAAGUCACCGUCGACGAUAAGCUCUGUUUCACCACCAACAAGGUUGCACUUCCGGCUGGUAACAACUUUGGUCUCACAUCCGCGACCCCUGAGAACCCCGACUCGUUCGAGGUCUUCAAAUUCGUCCUGCAGACCAGCGCAGGUGGUUCCGCCCCUCCCCCCGUCCAGCAGCAAAGCAACCAGAAGCCCGUUGGCGUCGGCAAACCCCAGCAGGCUCCCCCACGCGCCCAGAUCCCACCCACAACGCCUCAGUCCACGAUCGACCAGCAAUUCGCGGACCUCCGAUCGAGUCUGCAGCUGAUCAACCACGCCACCGGCAACAUCAUCCGCGAGAUCGGCAGCCAAUCCAACAGAGCCGACAACCGCCAGACGGAGCUUUUCCAGCGCGUCGCCGGCAAGGACGAGGUCGCCCAUCUGGACACCCGACUCAAGAGAAUCGAGCAGACCUUGGAGAAGAUCCAGAAGGACCUCGAAGGCAGAGACUACCGUGACCGCUUCAACCAGCUCCAGGACACGCUCCGAUCAUCUCACCUAACCUUGACCGAGAGCCUUCAAGGCCAUGUCUUCAACGUGAUCACCGCGUCCACUCCGCGCAUGGGCUUCUUCAUCUUCCUGAUAAUCGCCUUCCAGGUCGUCCUCGCAGUCUCGUACGUCAUCUACAAGCGUCGGCGCGCCAACAUGCCCAAGAAAUUCCUCUAAACUCAACCCCAACCAAAUCUACACAUCUAUCUAUAUCUAGAAACGAAACAAAAAGAAAGACCCCCCCUCCACACCAACCAUCUAUGUAUCUACCUUACCUCCUACUUGCUAUAUUUUGGUGUAGUGUAUCGCUUAUCGAACUGUUCUCUUUUUUUUUUUUAGUUCCUGUACAUUCUAGAUCGUUC